GGGGAAAAAGGAGAUUCUUAGGAGCUUUAAUGAACCCAGAGCACUUAAGAGCUAGAAACUCUCCUUCUUUAGCCUGCUUCCAUGCUGAAAAGGAUUGGCCUGAUCACCCUCAGCUGAAUGACUUCUCCAGAUUCUGGUUGCUUGCUUACAGUAACAUUACCGAUAAUUGCUUCUUCAAUGCUUUUUAUCAUGAAUCACUUACAAUCUCCUGGACUAGAGUGGGGAGGACUUCCUGUCCACCAUUUCCCAUUGAAUUCUUUGUGAAAACUCAAGUACCACUGGACUCUGAAGCUGUGCCCUUGCUAGAGAUCCACCUCCAGACUGUUCCGACUUCCCAGCCCAAGGAUCCGAGGGACAUAGUACAAAACAGCUGUUUUCUCGGAAUAUUGCUGAAGAACUGGACCCGACAUUUAAGUCAAGCAGGACAGACCCAGCUGUUGAUGCACCUGCUGUCAGUUCUCCAGCGCUUGCCCAUUCAGUCCCUGUGGAAGGGCUCUUUGAGUACAACGAUGAAAGCUCGGAAGCCACCUUUAUUUCACCAACCAAGCGUCAGUCGGGACGCCAGAAAACCAAAGACAAGAAAGAAGCCUGCAAGCAACAAUGAGAUCGUGCUUCCCCUCCCCCUCCCCCCUCCCCCUCCCUCUCUCUACCCCCCUUCCCCCAGAGAAGAAUGACGUCAAACUUCUCGUCCAAUCAAACCGCAGUCGGCAAAAACUAUUUUGCCGCAUCCUUCAGUAAAGUCAUGCCUCACGGCCAUAUGGGGACCAGUGAAUACCCAAGUUAUUUUGUGUGUGCUUUGUGUGUUUGGAAAAUGUUUUUGACGAAUAAAGAGGCCGCUAGGUGGCACUAUCAUACAUAGAGAGCACUGGAUCUGAGUUCAAAUCCAGCCUCAGGCACUGACUAGCUGUGUGACAUUGGGCAAGUCACUUCACCUCUGCCUGCCUCAGUUUCUUCAUCUGUUAAAUGGGGAUCAUAACAGCACUGAGCUUGGGUGAUUGUUGUGAGGAUCAGAUGAGAUCCAUAAAACUCUCUAUAUGAAUGCUAUCCAUUAUUCUUCUUAAAGAUGUCGUUUUUUUUUUUAAUCUGUGACACGUUUGCUUUGCUUUAAAAAUGUCAAAGCUAAAGCAGCUCCAGAGCUUGGCUUUAAGGGACUAGGGGCAGUGGAGGGGGGAGGGGUUCCUAAAGCGGAGAGGACUUGGUGCCUGGUUUCUCACACAAGACAUGGCACUUUUCUCUCCCUUGUCUGCCCUGAGAUCCAAAGUGAAUGAGAAGCUCUGGGCUCCACAGAUCCAUUUCAAAGCCUAUUGGGAGUCCGUGAGCAGUCAGUGAAAAGAUGGUGACUCAGUAUAAGGGAGUCUUGGGAGGGGUGGGCGGUCUUGCACUCUCUUAAAGGGAGUUUUCUAUCCAACAUCCUUCCAAACAAAGAGCAUUUAUUAGACACCAGCUGUGUGGAAGGACUGCCAAGGCGAAAUUAAGAAAUCAGUUUCCCCAUCCAUUGGCACCAAUGAUUAUAUUCUGUGCUAUUCUUUCCUCUAGUCACCUCUGUGACUGGGUCAGACCUGUGGAUUUUCUAGAAAGAUAAACCAAGGGGCAGUAAGUAGAGCAUCACACCAGAAUUCAGAAGAUCCUGGGUUCAGAUCUGACCUCAGACACUAGCUGUGUGACCCUAGGUAAGUCACUUAACCCCCACCCCCACCCCCCACUGACUAAUCUUUACCAUCCUUCUGCUUUGGAGCCAAUUUUUUUUGCAUUUUUAUUUCUUUUUUAUUUAUUUCAUCUUAAAUUUUAUUUUCAAACCAAUACUUAGUAUUGACUCUAAGACAGAACGUAAGGGUUUAAAGAAUGAAAAAGACAAAUCAAUUUGGAAUUGGUUCUGGCACCAUUUCUCUAUGUCCGAAUCGCUUGUGCUUCAUGCAAAUGUUCCCAUGAUGCAUUUCAAGGAAACUCACCACUGGUUCUCUUCCUUUUUUUAAGGCAAUAUAUCGGGUAGAAAUAUAGUUCCUGCUCUUCAAGAGCUGAUGGUUUUUAAAAAAUCCUUACCUUCUGUCUUAGAAUUGAGACCCAGUAUCAUUCCCAAGCAAAAGGUCAGUAAGGGUAGGCUAGGGGGUUAGUGACUUGUCUAGGGUCACACAGCUAGGAAGUAUCUGAGGUAAGAUUUGAACCUAGGACUUCCCAUCUGUAGGACUGGCUCUCCAUCCACUGAGCCACCUAGCUGUCCCCCAUGAGUUUACUUUCUAUGUUGGGAAUUUACUCUGUACACAUAUAAGCAGAUGCAUGAUAAAUCAAGGAAGAAGGCAGAGGAUUAGGAAGAUCAGGAAAAGUUCCUGAGAAGAAAGGAAGUAAACCCUGGAGUGGGGAGGAGAGGAAUGCCUUCUAGGGACAUCAGGAACAAGCCAGAGGCUUGACCAGUACCUCAGUGCUUUAUGAAAAUUCUGAUUUUCUUUGGAUUCUAACAACAAACACCAUGUGGCAUAUCCCCUUUAAGAGGAGAACCUUCUCAGACACCUCCCAGCUGUGUGACCCUGGGCAUGUCACUUAGCCCCAAUUUCCUGACUUGGAAUUGAUAUGCAAUAUAGAUUCUAAGGAAGAAGGUAAGAGUUUUUAAUUUAAAAAAUAAUUUAAGAAGAAGAGGAAUGGUUGAAAGAGACUGCGAUGAGGCUAUGGCUCAGUGGACUGAGAGCCAGACCUGGAGAUGGGAGGUCCUAGGUUCAAAUCUGGCCUUAUUCGUUUCCUAGCUGGGAGACCCUGGGCAAAUCACUUAUCCCUCAUUGCUUAACCCUUAAUGCUUUUCUGAUUUGGAACCUGAACUUGGUAUUGAUACUAAGAUAGAAAGUAACAGUAAAAAAAAAAAAAGAGGAGAUUCAUCAUGCAAAUGCACAGGAUUAUUCUUAUUAUUUUAAUGACAAGAGCCUGCCAGGAGCUACCACCUAAAAAUGAAAGAGUUUAAGAAGGGCUAAAGGGAUUUAGAGGCUGAAACAGACCCAGAGACAAAGAAAAGACCCCAAAUUUUUAAAUAAAAUUUGCAUGGAAUAAUGUGCUCUCAAGAUGGCCCUAGAUGAUUGAUUGCCUUUGACAUAGGGAACAUGUACUGUGUGAAAAGACUUUAUUUGGGACACAGCAACCCAUUCUUUCAAGUAGAUUGUGUCCAUCCUCCUCUGGAUGGUCCAACAGCCUGCGGUGCCUUUAGAAAAGGUGCUGGUGAUGUGUGAGUGAUCCUUCUUCAAUGUUUUGCCAUGGUCUUGUUGUUCUUCCUUCUUAAAAUAAAUGUAUUGAGAAAA